AUGCCCCCUCCACCGCCACCACCUCCGCCCCCUCCUCCUCCUCCUCCACCACAACCACAGCCCAACGCCAACCCCGCCCUCGGCAACGUCGACCUCGUAGACAGCAGCGCCGGCGGCCCCCCCGCGGCGCCCGGUCCUGGCUCUGGCCCGCCGCCACCGCCUCCGCCAGGCGCUGCACCCGGCGGACCGGGAGCCGAGGGUGGUGCGAAGCAGACGACGACGACUACGAGGGACGUAGCGACGACGACGAAGCCGGCGGAGAAGCCGCAGACGACGACGACGCGCGCAGGGAGCGGGGAUAACCGGGACGGCGCCGGCGCGGGGUCGUCGGCCAGGCCGGUCUCGAGCCCGGGCCUGAGUCAGAGCACGCAGCUCUCCACCUCCCUCUCGCUUCCCCCGCCCACCACCACACCCUCCUCCUUCGCCGGCCCGGGUGCCCGCCCCAGCGCGAGCCCGCCGCCGCUCGCCUCCGCCGCCCGCGCUCCCUCCACCACCGCGGUCAUCGGCACCAUCCUCGGCGUCCUCGGCGCCUUCGCCGCGCUCCUCCUGCUCUGUGUGUGCGUCCACCGCGCGCGCUCCCAGGCCGCGCGGCGCCGGGUCGCGGACUACGUGCCCUGGCCGCGACGUCGGGCCGCAGAGCCGGGCUUCGACGCGGCGCAUCCCGGCGGCGACACCGGCGCGGGCGCGGGGGACCAGCUGAGCUGGACGAGCGUGUCCGUCGGCACCGGCACCGCGAGCGACGGCACCUCCGCGGACCCGUGGCUGCGCAGCGUCAGCUGGCCGCGGCUGCCCAGCGCGUACCGGCCGGGCACGGGCGACACCGGGACGAGCGCGGUGCAGCAGGUGCACAGCCAUCCGCGCUUCUCGGGCGUGGACGUCGAUGGGCGGCUCGACCGCACGCCGACGCCGCCGGCGGUGCAGCCCGAGAUGGCCCAACUGCCGGUGCCCGGCGCGAGCCCGCGCAAGGCGUACUCGGACGGGCACGCGUUCGCACGGCCUGAGGAGCGGGACGCAGGGGAAGGGCAGGGGAAGCAUGUCACGUACCCGUUUGCGUAUCCGGGGGCGUGA